UCGGCCGGAACCGCCAUCUUCCAGUAAUUCGCCAAAAUGACGAACACAAAGGGAAAGAGGAGAGGCACCCGAUAUAUGUUCUCUAGGCCUUUUAGAAAACAUGGUGUUGUUCCUUUGGCCACAUAUAUGCGAAUCUAUAAGAAAGGUGAUAUUGUAGACAUCAAGGGAAUGGGUACUGUUCAAAAAGGAAUGCCCCACAAGUGUUACCAUGGCAAAACUGGAAGAGUCUACAAUGUUACCCAGCAUGCUGUUGGCAUUGUUGUAAACAAACAAGUUAAGGGCAAGAUUCUUGCCAAGAGAAUUAAUGUGCGUAUUGAGCACAUUAAGCACUCUAAGAGCCGAGAUAGCUUCCUGAAACGUGUGAAGGAAAAUGAUCAGAAAAAGAAAGAAGCCAAAGAGAAAGGUACCUGGGUUCAACUAAAGCGCCAGCCUGCUCCACCCAGAGAAGCACACUUUGUGAGAACCAAUGGGAAGGAGCCUGAGCUGCUGGAACCUAUUCCCUAUGAAUUCAUGGCAUAAUAGGUGUUAAAAAAAAAAAAAAUAAAGGACCUCUGGGCUACAAAAAAAAAAAAAAAAAAAAAAAAAGAAACAAUAGAA